GAGCCAAAGGUUGCAGUCGGGGAGCCGUGGGAAUUUGUACACACCCAGGGUUGCAUAGUUUUGGCGUGACAGUCGAACGCUUAGCUCACGACACUCGACCGCCUCCCCUCUUUCCCCCCUAAAAUCUCCUUGUUAAACCCGACUACGUCACAACUUCUCAUCUCCCUUCCCUUCGCAGUUACUCUCUCGAUACCGUGCAGUGCGUGAGCUACAGGCCCAUUUCGACAAGUCUCGUCUCGAUCGUUGUACUUCGGGCUUCACGCUCGAUCUUUUUUGUAUUCCUUAAUUUUGUUCGCCAGCCUCUGUUCCUUUUGCUCGCCUUUGCCACUUAUCCUCUCGCUCGCUGCCGAUUUUUUUUUUUCUUUUUUUUUUUUUUUCCCUUCCCUCUGUCUACCGCGCUCCUCUGGCUGGUCACCUGCGGCGUCGUCUCGCUCGUCUAAUAUAUCGCCCUCCCCCAGUUCAUUAUUAUGUCGGCCGCGGUUGCUUCCUCAGUUCCAAGCAACUUAACAAAUCCUCAUCGUAAAUCAUCCCCAAUGGAUUCAAAAAAGAACGCGUUGGAGGCCGAAGACUCUGGUCGCUCUGCAGACUCCAAGCCCUCUUCGUCUGAUACCAAGGAGCAAAAGCCCGAUGAGUCGCAAACCUCAUUGGCACCACCUCCUCGACCUGCUAUAACGACCUCGUCCGACACCCCUGACUACUUCAACUCCAUCCACAACCCGUUCUCGUUGGAACCCAACCCCUUCGAGCAGUCCUUUGGCGGCAACGGCAGCAACGGUGGUACUGGCGAGACCCCCGGGAAGUCGAUCCUUCCCCCGGUCGCUGCGCUCACUUCCCCUGCCCUGCCUGGCGCCAGCUCCGCCGGCGGUGGCUACAACUGGUCUAACUCAUUGCGCUCCGGACCCUUGAGUCCUGCCAUGCUCGCUGGGCCGACCGGCUCGAGUGACUAUUUCGAUAGCAUUGGCAGAGGCUUUCCUACUCCCAACGAAUCUUCGCUUCGUACCGGCCUGACCCCUGGUGGUGGCGGGUCUAUGUUCCCGGCACCCAGUCCCAACUCACAGGCGCUUCUGCAGCAACUUCAAAGUGGAGGCGCAACUCCUUCCACGAUCGAAUUCCAUCGGACCGCCCUCGCCGCCAAGAAAAACGGCGCGAAUGGUCCUACGUCCAACCCAACUUCUGAGCCUGAACAAGCAUCGCAAACUGCAGCCAUGGAUAUUAAAGGAAACCAGUCCGAUCCUUUCGGUCAUCACGAUGCUGCGGACGCGGCCAAUGGUCUGUUCAUGUUGGCCAAAGGCGGACAGGCCAAUUCCAACCAGUUCCCCAUCCCAAACCAUUCGCAGAAUGCUCAAGCCAAUGACCAGGCACGGGAUCCCAACGCUGACAAGCGAGGCUCUCACAUUGCCAAUGGUGCCCCGAACGCCGGCAGGGAGCCGAGCGGGGACGCAUCGGAUCUGCAGGGUGAACAGGGCAAACCCGCUGCGAAAGGGAAAUCUAAGAAGAACGGUGCCACGAAAACGGCCGGUGCUGUCAACAAUCGACGCAAGGCCGACGAUACUCCCGCUAAGGGCGCCAACAAGAAGGCUAAAAUCAGCCAGGGCUCCGGUAGCCCUGAGCCUCCUUCUGAUAUCGGAGACUCUGACGACGACGACGAUGAGCAGCGAAAGAAAGGCCAGGGAGAUUCGAAGAAGAUGACUGACGAAGAGAAGCGAAAGAACUUCUUGGAAAGAAAUCGGGUUGCGGCGCUCAAAUGUCGACAGCGCAAGAAGCAGUGGUUAGCCAACCUUCAGGCCAAGGUCGAACUGUUCACUUCCGAGAAUGAUGCUCUCACUGCCACAGUGACCCAGCUUCGCGAAGAAAUCGUCAACCUGAAAACCCUGCUGCUCGCUCACAAGGAUUGUCCAGUCUCGCAAGCGCAGGGACUCGGUCCGUUGAUGAUGAAUGGAAUGCCCGCGGCGAGUCAGUAUGAUCCCAGCCCGUACGGCAUCCCCAACAACAUGGGCAUGCAACCAGGCGCACCCAUUCCCGCACAGGGAGUUCGACGGCAAUGAGGGCAGUUCUAAAAGACCGGGAUCCUAAUAUUGCCCUGAUCUCUGGUUCUUUCUCGUCGGUACAAGCUAUGCAGCCGUUGUCGUUGAUUGUCUCGCAGCGCAGAGCCGUCUCUGUUCCGGGCUCGAGCUUUCCGG